CAAGCUCUGAAACAAAACAGCACUUCACUUCGGGAUCUGGGCAAGAUCAGAGCUCGCUGCUCGCUCCCUCUCCCUCCCUCCCUCUCUCCCUCCCUCGGAUCUCGCAGCUUUCAGCCUCUCUCUCUUUCUCCCCAUGCUGGGGAGAACUAGCAGGGUAAAACUGACAGAGGCUGCGGCUUUGUCAGAGGCUUGCUUGUUUUCUCCAGAGACAAGGGGGUGGGGGGGUAUUUCCUAGCCAUCCUUUCCAACCUGUUCAUGUUGUGAUCCGCCGCAGCACCACAAAAAGUUGUUGGGAGCACCUAGGAUGGGACUUCAUUUACAACCCUUCGUUUUGCACUUUCUGGCUUUGACUUUUCCCUUAGUGGCGCUGGGUUUCUUUGAUGAAACCUUAGAGAAAGCCACGAAAUCAGAAGGCUAUUGCAGCCGGAUUCUGCGAGCCCAAGGCACCAGAAGAGAGGGAUAUAAUGAAUUUAGCCUGAGAGUUGAAGGCGAUCCUGAAUUUUACAAGCCUGGAAACAAUUACAGGGUAACCCUUUCUGCUGCCACUCCAGCCUACUUCCGUGGAUUCACACUAAUUGCUCUGAAGGAGGGCAAAGAGGGAGACAAAGAAGAAGAUCAUGCAGGAACCUUUCAGAUUAUAGAUGAAGAAGAAACACAAUUCAUGAGUAAUUGUCCUGUUGCUGUUACCGAGAGCACGCCAAGAAGACGGACACGCAUUCAUGUUUUCUGGACAGCGCCUCCUGUUGGUACAGGCUGUGUAAUUCUGAAGGCCAGUAUUGUGCAGAAGCGAAUUAUUUAUUUUCAAGAUGAGGGCUCUCUUACCAAGAAACUAUGUGAACAAGACUCAACCUUUGAGGGGGUGACUGAUAAACCAAUCUUAGACUGUUGUGCCUGUGGAACUGCUAAAUACAGGCUAACUUUUUACGGAAACUGGUCAGAGAAGACGCAUCCAAAAGAUUAUCCACGACGAGCUAAUCAUUGGUCAGCAAUCAUUGGUGGUUCUCACUCCAAGAACUAUGUCCUUUGGGAAUAUGGAGGAUAUGCCAGUGAAGGUGUUAAACAAGUUGCAGAGUUGGGGUCUCCAGUAAAAAUGGAAGAAGAAAUUCGACAACAGAGCGAUGAGGUUUUAACUGUCAUCAAGGCGAAAGCACAGUGGCCUGCCUGGCAACCGCUAAACGUGAGAGCUGCUCCCUCUGCUGAAUUUUCCGUGGACAGGACUCGUCACCUGAUGUCUUUCCUUACCAUGCUAGGCCCUAGUCCUGACUGGAAUGUAGGCCUGUCAGCUGAAGAUCUUUGUACUAAGGAUUGUGGCUGGGUUCAGAAAGUCAUUCAGGAUCUGAUACCAUGGGAUGCUGGUACUGACAGUGGGGUUACCUAUGAGUCACCCAACAAGCCUACAAUUCCUCAAGAGAAGAUAAGACCACUAACGAGCCUUGAUCACCCUCAAAGUCCCUUUUAUGAUCCAGAAGGAGGAUCUAUAGCAGUGGUGGCCAGGGUUGUCAUUGAGAGAAUUGCACGAAAGGGAGAACAAUGCAAUAUCAUCCCUGAUAAUGUAGAUGACAUUGUAGCAGAUCUUGUUCCAGAGGAGAAAGAAGAAGAUGACACCCCUGAGACUUGCAUUUACUCAAACUGGUCCCCAUGGUCAGCCUGCAGCUCCUCCACUUGUGAUAAGGGCAAGAGGAUGAGGCAGAGAAUGCUUAAAGCCCAGCUGGACCUCAGUGUGCCUUGUCCCGAUACCCAGGAUUUUCAGCCAUGUAUGGGCCCAGGCUGUAGUGAUGAAGCCAUUGACUGUGAAUUAACCGAGUGGUCCAAGUGGUCUGAAUGCAAUAAAUCCUGUGGAAAAGGUCAUAUAAUCAGGACAAGAAUGAUUAAAAUGGAACCACAGUUUGGAGGAGCUCCAUGCCCAGAAACUGUCCAACGUAAAAAAUGUCGAAUAAGAAAAUGUUUGAGAGGUCCAGGUCUAGAGAAAAGGCGCUGGAAAGAAGCCCGUGAGAAAAGGAGAAGUGAACAUACCAAGGAAGAUGUAGAUGGUGAACUGUAUCCAGGUUGUAAGAUGAGACCAUGGACUGCUUGGUCAGAAUGUACCAAACUGUGUGGCGGUGGAAUUCAGGAACGCUUCAUGACAGUAAAGAAGAGGUUCAAAAGCACUCAGUUUACCAGCUGCAAAGACAAGAAAGAGAUAAGAGCAUGUAAUGUUCACCCUUGUUAGCAAAACCCAGGGCUGCAAAGUGAUGGAGUCUGAGCUAAAUGGAAAGUCAACCAUGGUUUGAUUUUUUUUUUUUUAAAAAAAUAUAUAUAUAAAUGGUGUAUAUUAGUCUUCAUUUUUGCAGUGUGGGUUGCUUAUUAGUCUUGCUGGUGCAAGAAAUAUAUUUUAUAAAUAUUUCCUCACAAAUGUAUGCUGAGAGUGGCUCCUUGAUACUCCAGCUAGCCCUUAAUGCAUAAAACUAGUAAGUCAUUGUGAGUCAUUUAACUCUGAAAUAAAAACAUCUCUGUGGAUGUGCAAUAGCCAUAUAGAAAUAUUCCCUGUACAGACAUGGGGUGCAUGCAUAUUAACGUAACUAAGUUAAAGUGACAUGUUUCACGCGUGGAAGGAAUUGUCUCAUUUGAUUUGAUUUCAAAAUAUCCAAAGCAGUGCCUAUGUGAUUACACAACUGUGCCAAGGAAUAAUUUCAGUAAUAAUGGUUCAAUAAUAUUAAAGGUGCAGAUUUAUCUCUUCCCACCAUGAGGGUUAAACUGGUAUUGGAUAAUUACUAUCUUACAUAUUUUUCUUCAUGAGGAUCCCCUUACUUCUUUAAACAACUCAAAUACAUAGGCAUCAGUCUAGAUAGCUCAGUAACAGAGUCCGCUCAAUGAGCAGUGGUGAUUAAAAAAAACAAACAAACGACACACACAGGAAAAA